CUCGUAUGCCAUGCUGAAGUGGCCUGCACUCCUCGGAAGGCGGCUGCCGGAUGGGAAGCACUGAAGAUCAUUCUGAAGAUUAAAUGGGAGACAAUACACCAAUGAUACAGCAGGAAUCUAAUUAUCGAGUCAUCUAGGGCCAAAGCUGAGCCCUCCGUACUGUAAACACAUUCUUGCCUGUUUUGAAGCAGAAAUACAUAGAGUUUAAAAAGUACCUAAAAUAGGUAGUUCCAAAGUAGAUUUUAGGAGAUGUCAGUGAACACCCCUUCCAGCUCAGUGCCCGGUGGUGCCAGCCGUUUUCAAGUCCAUGUCGUAAACGAGGGCCGUGGCAGCGGCGCAGCCAUGAGCGAUAGCACGGACCCCCCACAUUACGAAGAGACCUCUUUCGGAGACGAAGCCCAAAACAGACUGCGAAUCAGCUUUCGGCCUGGCAAUCAGGAGUGCUACGACAAUUUCAUCCAAAAUGGAGACGCUGCUAAAACAGACAGCACUUUUCACGCCUACGACUCUCACACGAACACCUACUACCUACAAACCUUUGGCCACAACACCGUGGACGCCGUCCCCAAGAUUGAGUACUACCGCAACACGGGCAGCGUGAGCGGGCCCAAGGUCAAUCGGCCCAGCCUUCUGGAGAUCCACGAGCAGCUGGCCAAGAAUGUGGCCGUGGCCCCUGGCUCAGCCGACAGGGUUGCUAAUGGUGAUGGAAUGCCUGGAGAUGAACAAGCAGAAAACAAGGAAGAAGACACAUCCGGGGUUGUGAAGUUUGGAUGGGUGAAAGGCGUGCUGGUGAGGUGCAUGCUGAACAUCUGGGGAGUCAUGCUCUUCAUUCGCCUCUCCUGGAUUGUCGGAGAAGCCGGAAUUGGUCUUGGUGUGAUUAUCAUCGGCUUAGCCGUGACAGUGACAGCCAUCACUGGUUUAUCCACCUCUGCUAUCGCCACAAAUGGAUAUGUCAGAGGAGGUCUGGGAGUCAUCAUCAUCGCCCUGAGCGUAGUAGUGACGACACUCACAGGUAUUUCAAUGUCCGCCAUUUGCACAAACGGAGUAGUUCGAGGAGGAGGAGCCUACUACCUGAUUUCCCGGAGCUUAGGGCCCGAGUUCGGAGGAUCUAUAGGCUUGAUCUUUGCUUUCGCCAACGCAGUGGCUGUCGCCAUGUAUGUGGUGGGGUUCGCAGAGACUGUGGUCGAUCUCCUUAAGGAGAGUGAUUCAAUGAUGGUGGAUCCAACCAAUGACAUCCGGAUAAUUGGUUCCAUCACCGUGGUGAUUCUCCUAGGAAUCUCAGUAGCUGGGAUGGAGUGGGAAGCGAAGGCCCAGGUGAUUCUCCUGGUGAUUCUUCUCAUUGCCAUUGCAAACUUCUUCAUUGGAACUGUCAUUCCAUCCAACAACGAGAAGAAGUCUAAAGGCUUCUUCAACUACCAAGCGUCCAUAUUUGCAGAAAACUUUGGGCCAAGCUUCACGAAGGGUGAAGGCUUCUUCUCCGUCUUUGCCAUCUUUUUCCCCGCUGCCACUGGGAUCCUUGCUGGUGCCAACAUCUCUGGAGACCUGGAGGAUCCCCAGGAUGCCAUCCCCAGAGGAACCAUGCUGGCCAUUUUCAUCACCACUGUUGCCUACAUAGCUGUUGCUAUCUGUGUAGCGGCAUGUGUGGUCAGAGACGCCACCGGAAGCGUAAACGACACCAUCGUUUCUGGGAUGACCUGCAACGGGUCCGCGGCCUGCGGACUGGGCUACGACUUCUCAAGAUGUCAGCACGAACCUUGUCAGUACGGGCUGAUGAACAAUUUUCAGGUCAUGAGCAUGGUGUCAGGGUUCGGCCCCCUCAUCACCGCAGGGAUCUUUUCCGCCACACUCUCCUCGGCCCUGGCCUCCCUCGUCAGUGCGCCCAAAGUCUUCCAGGCCCUGUGCAAGGACAACAUCUUCAAAGGACUGCAGUUCUUCGCAAAGGGAUAUGGGAAAAACAACGAGCCCCUGAGAGGAUACCUUCUCACUUUUGUGAUAGCCAUGGCGUUCAUUCUCAUCGCGGAACUGAACGUCAUAGCGCCCAUCAUCUCCAACUUCUUCCUGGCCUCGUAUGCGCUUAUUAAUUUCUCCUGCUUCCAUGCCUCCUACGCCAAAUCUCCAGGAUGGAGGCCAGCAUAUGGGAUUUACAACAUGUGGGUAUCUCUUUUUGGAGCAAUUUUGUGCUGUGCGGUCAUGUUCGUCAUCAACUGGUGGGCAGCUGUCAUCACCUAUGUCAUCGAGUUAUCCCUCUAUAUCUAUGUGACUUAUAAGAAGCCAGAUGUGAACUGGGGUUCCUCCACCCAGGCGCUUUCCUAUGUGAGCGCUUUAGACAACGCUCUGGAACUAACCACAGUGGAAGACCAUGUGAAAAAUUUCAGACCCCAGUGCAUUGUCUUGACAGGGGGACCCAUGGCAAGACCGGCUCUCUUGGAUAUAACCCAUGCUUUUACGAAGAAUAGCGGCCUCUGCAUCUGCUGUGAAGUCUUUGUGGGCCCUCGCAAGCUGUGUGUUAAGGAGAUGAACAGCGGCAUGGCUAAAAAACAGGCCUGGCUCAUAAAGAACAAAAUCAAGGCGUUUUACGCGGCAGUGGCAGCAGACUAUUUCAGAGACGGUGUCCGGAGUCUCCUUCAGGCCUCAGGCUUGGGGAGAAUGAAGCCAAACACUCUAGUGAUUGGAUAUAAAAAAAACUGGAGGAAAGCUCCCUUGUCAGAGAUUGAGAACUACGUGGGAAUCCUACAUGACGCCUUUGACUUUGAGAUCGGUGUGGUCAUCGUCAGAAUCAGUCAAGGGUUUGACAUCUCUCCGGUUCUCCAGGUCCAAGAUGAACUGGAGAAGCUGGAACAGGAGCGGCUGGCACUGGAGGCAGCAAUCAAAGACAAUGAGAGCGAGGAGGGGAAGGGAGGCAUCCGGGGCUUGUUUAAGAAAGCCGGCAAGCUGAACAUUACCAAGCCAGUUCCGAAAAAAGACGGCAACAUCAACACCAUCCAGUCGAUGCAUGUCGGGGAGUUCAACCAGAAACUGGUGGAAGCCAGUGCUCAGUUUAAAAAGAAGCAAGGAAAAGGCACGAUCGAUGUGUGGUGGUUAUUCGAUGACGGAGGGUUAACCCUUCUUAUUCCAUAUAUCUUGACUCUCAGAAAAAAAUGGAAAGACUGUAAGUUAAGAAUCUACGUUGGAGGAAAGAUCAACCGUAUUGAAGAGGAAAAGAUUUCAAUGGCUUCUCUCCUCAGCAAAUUUAGGAUAAAAUUUGCAGACAUCCAUAUAAUUGGAGACAUCAACAUCAAGCCAAACAAAGAGAGCUGGAAAGUCUUUGAGGAGAUGAUUGAACCUUAUCGACUCCACGAAAGCCACAAAGAUUUGACCACUGCUGAGAAAUUAAAAAGAGAGAGUCCGUGGAAGAUUACAGACGCAGAACUGGAAGCAGUCAAGGAAAAGAGUUACCGCCAAGUCCGGCUGAAUGAGCUCUUACAGGAACAUUCGAGAGCCGCCAACCUGAUCGUAUUGAGCCUUCCAGUGGCGAGAAAAGGAUCCAUAUCGGAUUUGCUGUACAUGGCGUGGCUGGAAAUUCUGACCAAGAACCUGCCUCCUGUGUUACUGGUUAGAGGAAAUCACAAAAAUGUCCUGACAUUUUACUCCUAAAGAGUGAGAAAUGAGAAAUGUUGCAUCCUGACAUCUAAAUAUGAAACACAUCUGGUACUUUGUGUUCUAAAACCUCGUCGGUAGAUGUACAAACCUCUGGAGACUAGUCUACCUGACUCUACACAAAUGUUGUCUUUAAAAUAAGAGUUGUUACUAAUGAGAGGCUUCCCCAUUAGUUUAAGGAACAUCAAAAGCCAUGCCACUCCUAGAGAAACAGUCGUAGUUGCUAAUAAACAUGAAAUUAAUAAACCCUAGCUGGCAUGCUAAUCUGGAUGGAGCUCCAUGCAAACCUAAUCUCGUUUCUGUGGAGUCUGCUUGGCCCCACGCAGGCCUCAGUCCCGCAGCAGGCUGCCCAUAAGCGCUUAUUGAUGGGCUGGUAUGGGGACGGCAGGUGGCAAUCUCAGGGAAAGACCUGCUGGGUCAGCGGCCCGAUUCUGCUUGGCCUCCUGAGAGGCUUAUGAAGAUUUAAAAAUCAAUAACUGAAAACUUUGUGAAGGACUGGAGUCUGCGGAAUGUUCCAAGCAGUUACCUAAAUAAGGUUUAUUUAAUGCGGCAGAUAAUGUACUUACAAGUGAUGGUUGAUAGCGCAGGGCUUGCAUUUGCUGCUGGCUGAAGGGAUUUGAGGGAGGCAGGUAAGAGACACAUGUUCCACUUAAAUGAAAUCCAGUCGAUUCUUAACAUAGAAAUUUCAAUUGUCUUCCCUACUAUAGAUUUUUAACUUUCUAUCUUAAUACUAUUUUGCUCAUUUUUUUCUCUAAUUAAGUGGUUUGCAUAGAUGAAAUCAAAAUAGAUGUGUCAUUGAAAAAUAAUCUCAUAAAUUUUCAGUCUACUAUUAAAAAUACAUCCAGACUGUACAUUUAUUUACUUCCUAUAGUUCUUAUAUAGGCUUUAAAGAAUAGCAAGACAUAAAUGAAGAAAACUUGUAAAAUUUAAGAAUACAGGUGAUGAUUCUUCUUCUUGAUAGUGUGUCUAUAAUAUUUAAUCACAGAAAAAAAAUUGUUUAUCUGAUAAAUGGCUUGUUUUUUGUUUUGUUCUGUUUUGUUUUUUUCUUGACAUAUUUUGACUAUUCUGGGGAAACAUGUGGGGGCAAAUUGACCUGAAAUAAAAUCGUUAAAAUGUG